AUGCAAUCUCGUUGCCUCAAUCCUGAGACCGGGCUCUAUCAGCAAUACCAAGGCCCCUCUGUGCUCAGACUUUAUGGUACUUCGGUAUUUCUGAUGGAGAGAUACUUGCUAAAAGCCAACGGAUUUUGGGUCCUUGCAGCUGUCGUUGGAGCUGUGGUCAUUUCCCAACUUUUCGCCGCAUAUUACCACAAUGGCCUGAAUCGCUAUCCAGGGCCGUUGUUGGCCAAGUUCACUCGACUAGCUCCAUCGAAAGUAGGCGAUGUGGUCAGGAUUGGACCCAAUUCUCUGAGUGUUUCCAAUCCGGCAUAUGUCCCUCGCCUUUACGGCGUCUCGCAGGGGUUUCUGAAGAGUGAGAUGUAUGAUCCUUUUGCACCUAGGGUUAACGGAAAGCGUUUCGAUUCUUCUCUAUCCGUUCGAGAUCCCAAGGUUCACCAGGCCAUGCACAAACCAAUUGCAAAUGCUUACUCGUUGACGACUUUGAUAGACUAUGAGCCCCUGGUUGAUAAAAUGAUCAUCAAACUUCUGGCAGAACUGCGAAAGAGGAUCGAUGGCGGAAAUGAAGCUUGCGAUAUAGGACUCUGGAUGAGGCUUUAUGCCUUCGAUGUGAUGCUGCAGGUAACGCUCAGCGAUACACUAGGAUUCAUGGACAAAGGAGGCGAUAUUAAUGGCUUUUUCGAGCGUCUUGAUGACAACAUCGAUCGGUCAGGUCUUUUGGUGACGAUGCCAUGGACCGCAUACUUGCUAAAACAUAAUCCGAUCGUAUCUUACUUCUCCAAGGACAGCUCAGUCUUCCCUGGCUGGACGGCUUCACGAGUUCAGGAUAGGUUGAAACGUCGAGCUGCAAACACUGUCCCGAAUUCCAUACACCAGCAACGAGAUUUCCUAGGCCGUUUUAUUGAGGCUGCUCAUAUGGGCGACCCUCCAAAGUUUGACUUCUCCCAGGCUUUGAACUGGACGUUGACAAAUGUCAUGGCCGGUGUUUCAUGGGCCCGGAGUCAGCACCUCCCAUACUUGGACGCUGUUAUCAAAGAGUCUUUGCGUAUGCAUCCAGCUAUUGGUCUCGGUCUUGAGCGCACCGCAAGUGGUCUCGAGAUGCCUGAUGGAUACGUGUUGCCACCCGGAACAAAUGUUGGGAUGAACUCAUGGGUCGUGAAUAGGCAAGCGAUCUUUGGGGACGAUGUUGACGAGUUUGUACCCGAGAGAUGGUUGCAAAGUCCAAGCGAGACGGAAGCCGAGCAUAAGAAUCGUUUGAAUCGUAUGAAACGGGCAGAUCUGGGUUUUGGCGCUGGUUCUAGGUCUUGUACAGGGAAAUAUGUGAGCUAUUUGGAGAUAUAUAAGGUUAUUCCAUCGUUACUUCUUACCUUUGAUAUGGAGAUGGUCGAUGAGAAGGAUGAGUGGACGGUGGUCAGUCGGUGGACUGUGAGGCAAGAUAACAUUCGAUGCUUUUUACGCCAACGCGGAUCAUGA